GCGAUCUAAACUUACAAACUUACGUUUGUUUAAUGAAAAUUUGAUAACACGCGCGUUAUGAUAUAUUGUAGAAUAUAAUUAAAGCUAAUAUCGAAGAUAGUAUAACGCAUGCGUUAAUAAAGUAACAGAAUAAGCUUGUUGGUUAGCAAUCGAUACGCGCGUGCUGUAUACACUGUGGCCAAAAAUGGCAAUUCCAUAUAUCCACAUGAAAACGCUUACAUUUUAAAUUCAAUGAAAGCUCGACGGAAUUAUUCUCGAAAGGUUACCGCAUACAUGAAAUGUCAACACACACGAAGAAGAACGAAAAGUAAACGAUGUGUGUCCAACAUUCGAUUGCUGCGCUGUCAUGCGAAUACAAGUGAUAUUUGUGUGGUGGUAAUCGACACAGCUGAUUGCCGAGGAUUAAGAAGCUUCGGCAGGUGUUUGUGUGAAAUGUGUGUUGUACAUAGGGCAGAACGAUGUUACACAAACACGUUACAAUAACUUUGGUCGACACACCGAUGGAAUGGAUGGUUUACAAACAGUGACAGCAAAGACUUCGAGAAAAAAACCAUGCACAACGUGUUUAUUAUCUUUUCUUGCCGGAUCAAGUUAUCUUAAUUUGAAAUGUAUAUUUGGCAAUUUUGAGAAUUUAUUCUAGAGAGAAAGAAAAAGAAGAAAUACAAACGGGGACAAGAAAUUGUCGUGCAAUCGUAUAAGAGCAAGAGAAAGCAGACAGUUUUGUUUCAUAGAAAUGUAAAACUUUUACUGUAUAAAAAGAAGAAAGGUGUAUGAAAUAAUUGUAAUUGACCGUUGUCAAGAUAAUUUAAGUUUUUCUCGACACAUUAACCCAAAUCGGUAUAUAUUUACAUAUUAUUUAACAAUACAAACAAAAAUGAGUAGUCAAUUAAAUAUAACAGUUAGGCCAGAAGUAAGACUGGAUAGUAAGUGGUUGAAGACUGAUCUGCAACGAUUUUUAUAUCGCGAUGGAUUGUGUGAAUUGUGGAAUGAAAUGGUGCGUGAUGGCGAAAUUGUUGGGUCUUUCAGUGACGGUUUGGUCAAUUCAGCAGGAAUUGUAGCAAAAAAAGGUGAAAAUGGCCAUUAUUAUUGUGGCAUGAGAGUAUUGUCUUGUCUCUGUUGUGAUGGGAUUUGUGGUCCACAACAUGGUUGUAACUGUACUCCUUGCCAGAAACUGGAUGAGGAAGAAACAGCAAGAACAACAGCAAUGGUUGAGAAGGGUCUAUCUGCUAGACGGAUAAUGGACUCAUGGCUUUGGGGACCACAACCAUCAUUAACGGAUUUGAGAGAAUGCAUCACUUUAUGGAUAAAAGAGCAACGCAAACUAUGUUGUGAAGUCGCAAACAACACACUAUCUGCGACGCGUUUAAGACAACGUUUAAUAGUCGCUCGAAGAUAUUUUACCGCUUUGUCUCGUCACAAACCACAGGAGAUGAAGGAUGCCACGAGUCUACCAAAACCUAUUGGGAAAUUACAAAAAACACCGAGACCUAACGAAAAGGCAACUUUAGGACUUGCGCGUGUCGGUGCACGCGCGGCUCUUAACUUCUCGUUCGCGUAUCUAAGACGAGCCUGGAGAUCCGGAGAGGAUGUUGAAUUUUGCAGUGAAUUAUUGACUGAAUCAUUGGAGGCGCUACAAUCGUUACCCGAGGCAACUCUAUUCGACGAAAGUAACGUUUCUCAAGUCUGGUUGGAAGUUGUCGAAAGAUCGGCUAAAUUUUUGAGACAAGUUGUCACAGGAGAAGUAACUACCGGACGAUCCUGGCGGCCAGUACCAUUAUCAGAUCAGCACACAGCUUUAUGUUUGUUACUAGAGUUGGUCGCGCAAAGAGCCACUCUCUCUAGUUUAUUGGACUCUGUAGUUUUAUUGCUUCAUCUCAGCGGCAAGCAUAAAAAUCAAGACAAUCGUGUCACGCCACCUGGAAGUACGGCGCCACUCGUGCCGUUAUUGCGGCGAUUAAACAUGAUACCAGCGACAAAAUCUCGCAGACAUCUCGACGGAAACGUUACACCGGGACCUUGUGAAGUACUACUUAAAUAUUUACGUCUGCCGGAUGACGACGCCGCGUCUGUUGAUUUAAGGAAAGCCGCAGUUAUUAUAAUGUGCAAUUUGAGCAGAUUGGCCGCUCCUCUUUUACCACCGCCCAGCGCCGAGUUCGGAUUCCCGAGAAAUGGAAGCGGCAGACAAACGUUUCAGGAAGUGUUGGCUUGGGGUGGUGUAAAGUUUGGAAAUGGAUCUACUCCGUUUUACUGUGACGCGAUCGCAGAAUUGGGUAUCAAACAAUUAUGUUGCACCGAACGAGCGCUGAUAAUAUUGUCGUUAAACGGUAACGUUUACAAUAUGUAUCACGGGUCCGAGACUCAAUAUCCACAAAGAGUUCACGGUUUUUCCGAUAAACCGGUUACGAUGAUCGCGUCUCAUUUGGAUGGUAAGCACUAUUUGGCAUUAACGCAGGAUGGAUGUGUAUAUUCCUGGGGUAACGGAGACGGCGGUAGACUCGGACACGGCGACACCGUCUCGUACGACGAACCGAAAUUAAUCGAGGCGUUUCUUGAGAAAAACAUUGUAUUUGUAGCAUGCGGCAGUACGUACUCGGCCGCAUUGAGCGGCAACGGUGAACUUUACACCUGGGGAAGAGGAAAUUACGGCAGAUUGGGCCACGGCAAUUUCGACGAUGUUUUAAUACCAACUUUAGUGACAACUCUUAAAGGUCAUACGAUUGUACACGUGGCUUGCGGUAGCGGCGAUUCUCAGACCUUGUGCGUAACCGCGUCUGGUAUAGUCUUCUCCUGGGGAGACGGCGAUUACGGAAAACUAGGCAGAGGCGGUACGGACGGUUCGAAAACACCAAAGAUUGUCGACAAGCUGCUGGACAUCAACGUGGUGAAAGUGUUCUGCGGCGGACAGUUCUCUGCAGCAUUGACAGCGCACGGAGAAGUGUACACGUGGGGAAAAGGUGACACGUAUCGUCUAGGUCACGGCAACGAAGAACAUGUCAGGUAUCCCAAAGUCAUCGAAUCGUUGAGAGACAAAAAGAUCAAAGAUCUGUCCAUAGGAGCCACGCAUAUAUUAGCUUUAACGGAAGAUCAAUUCGUUUAUGGGUGGGGUAGAAAUGAUUACGGUCAAAUCGAUCCUACGUUGGGCCUCGUUAUUUCCGAGCCUACAUUAUGUCCGACGUUAUCCUCCAAGACAGUCAUGGGUUUAGCGUCGGGACCAACUCAGAGCUUUGCUUGGUGCAUGUCAGCGUGGUCAGGCGGAGCCAGUAGAGUCGCUUUUGUUGUUGACAUAUGCGAAGAGACUUUCCAACUGCUCGACACAUUGUUGGCAAAGUCUUGCGAGGGUCUACCGGGUAUACGGCCGCCUACGCAAGAUCGCGAAUGUCUGGCAGUAGCCACACUUAAUAUACUCCGAUUACAAUUGCACACGAUGUUGACGCAUAAUAUCGACGCUAAAUCUGUCGGAAUCGCCUCUAACAGUUCAUUAUUAAAUUCCUUAAAGCAACGCUGCGUCAAUCUCGCGAGCGCGACUGGAAUCUUAGCGACUAUACAAGAAGCAGCGCAAGCGGUUCUACAAACGGGCUGGAGCAUUCUGCUGCCAACAGCUAACGAGCGUGCGAAAACAUUGUCUAGUUUUCUGCCAAAUACCUCGAACAACAUGGAACAGUCGGGCUCAGCGAACAUAUACAUAAACAGUGGACAGCGAUUUAUGGCUGAUUUAUUGGUGUCCAGUCUAAUGGUGGAUGGCGGAUUGGAAUUAGCAUUGAAGGCUGCGAUUAAAGCGGAAAUAGCGGACAUGCCUGACGAAAAGGAUUUUCUUGAUGUGAGCACGUCGAACGUCGUCAAAACAAAGACCGAAAUGAGACAAGGCAUGAAGGACGGUUUCAAUACAGGAAAGAAUAUCACGACCAUCUCGUUACUUCAGCUUAUACAGCAGUUGAUUAGAAACGGCACGUGUAUCACGCAAUCCAGAUUGCAGCAGGGUUCAUCUCAGCAAACGGAUCGAAACGAACAUCUGCGAAGAUUCGAUAAUUCGCCUAGUCUGAAUCUGUUGCUGCGUUUUCAACGAUUGUUAAUCGCGCAAGUGUACGAGUGUAUUACGCGAAAGUCUCGAACGGAAGAUCUGCACGAUCAGGAAAUGAUGGGCGCGGAGUCGUUGCUAAAGAAGUACAUCGCACAAAUCUGCGAUCACGCUACCGAGAUACUACCGUUGGCGGCUGAAAUAGGUGGCCGUUCCGUUAAAGAUUUCAUCUCUAUCGCCAGUGUCUUAAAGAGCGACAUAAUCAAUGUGUUGCUGUCCGAAUUGGUUACCUGCCUGAUAUUGUUGCAAGUAGACUGUCCGAUGCUGCUGAUCGAUAUGAACUGGAUGGAAGUAAUCGCGCCGAUUUUAGAUGCAUUGGAUCACUUCGUGAAGUUAGCGCCGACGAUGGAGAAAAAUGAAGCGGACGAUUUAUCCUGGCCUGGUAUCAUUGCACCGCAACAUGGGAAUAAAAUAUCCAUUCAAGAAGAACCAUCGCUUAUACGAUGGGCGGAUCUCGAGAAUCACAAUCGUGACGGUGGUCUCUGGGUGGUGGUAAAUAAUAACGUUUACGACGUUCAGGAUAUCAGAAACGAAGGUUCCUGGUCCCCCUAUGAAGUUCUUCAGAGAUACGUCAUCGGACGGGACGAAACAUCAGCGGUAACAUUGUGUAGUCCACCAUACGGUCAGUUGUCACCGCCGCGAGGUAUGAUGGAUUCCUGCUUCGUCGGUCAUUAUUGUCAAGCCGAGCCCGACGAGAACGCACGAGUGACAAUCGAAGUCACCGACGUCUGCUCGUCCCUUCUGGACACGGAGAGAGCUUUAGGAUUUCUGUUGGGUUUGCACGCUUAUAGAAUGCGACAGAGUUUGAUGCUUCAAUCGGCGGAAGUGGAAGCCGGCGUGUGGCUCACGGCAAAUUUCUUGAGGGGCGGCUUGCAGGUCUUGCAACCGCCAAAUCCGUAUGAGGAGGAGAAGGACGAAGCGAGGAGCAAUACGUCAACUGCCGCCAAUUCGCCUACGGAACCGCCGUUUCCGAUAUACACGAAAAACGAGCAACAAAAAGAGAACGACGAUAGAACGAUCGCUUUUAUUCACGCGUUAGCGGAAGCGCAUAAAACCGACGACAAUCACGUUCGAGCAUUUUUAACCAUAGUUGACAGAUAUUCUAAAAUUAACAAUUUAUUUUCUCACGCUGAUUUUUGCGGCGAUCAUCCCGUCGAGGAGAUAAGUCGCGUUCUGAUGGCCGUGAUCAUGAAACACCUGGGCUUGGGGCAACAAGCGCUCGCAUUAACAGAACAAGAACUAAGAACCGCGAAUAGCGCGAAACUGACAAAUCAAUUAGCCGACAUGACGCGAGCGAUUUAUCAAACCAAGUGGAACUUGGUGCGAAUAAGACAACAGCAAAACAGAAGUUACAAGGAGGUCUGCGCACCCGCACAAGAGAGAUGUAGAUUUCUUCUGUACGAAGUCAGAUCCGCGACGAGUUACGAAGUUAAAGGAUUUGAGGAUUUGAAGCUGCUGCACACCGUUCCCAGAUUUAAGAGAGCUGUUCGUACUGUCAUAGCGGAUAUUCACAAAAACAAAGAUUCAUCUUGCGGGGGCGGUAAACCGGAGGAUAUCUUGAACGCGUCUAUACAAAAUGCUAAAACGAAAAACAAACCGGACAGCGAUGCAACAUCUUCGUCUAAAGAAAGCUUGACCGUCGCAGCUUCCCCGUCUACAAAACUCGAGGAUAUAUCGGACAUAAAGAACAAAAUUAUGCAAAUGACAAAAAAACUUCGCUGUGGCCCAAUACAGUGGGCCAAUGCUGACUACAACGGUUUAAUGACGAAUAUCAUUGAGUUUGUCAUUGGCGGGGACGGCAUUGGCGGAGACGUCGAGACGUUGCGUCGCGCGAUGUACUGUCAAAUGCAACGCGCACGAGUGCGGGAACAAGGUAUCCUAAUGAUGCGCGAAUUGUUGAAAAAAAAUUAUUUGAUACCGUCAGUGAAAUAUUCUCUGCUGAAUGGCUGGCUUGGUCUGACUUAUGAGAAUAAAUCUCUCAGCGACGGAAUCACGCAUUGCCUGAACAAUAUGCAGCUCACGACUCCUUAUCAAAAAUCUAAAGUUAUUCUGGCUGAAGCUGAAGUAACUUCGUGGGCAGUACAAGCUUUACGUACGUAUGUCAUACAGGCGGAGCUGCCGAGCAAGCAGAAAGUCAGCGGAAAGAGCAGCUUGAAUCAAGGCACGUAUACUUGGCUGCGAAAAUUACCGAGAGCAAGAUUUCUCCUGACUAUUCUCGGCAUGCUGACCAAUUAUCAAUCUGCCAGCGAGAUCGGGUUGUUGAUUAAUUCAGGUCUGUUGUCGAGCAUCUUGACUUUAUUGAGACAAAUCGGCCCAUCGUCAGCAAGUUUCUGCGAGGGUGGCGAAAACCAGGGACAAAGCGCAGACGGCGAAGUGCCGAAAGUUAAAACUGAAAUCACUGCGAUUUAUGAAGACUUCUUUCAAAAGAGCAAACCGCCGACUGUGCAACUCAGCGGUAUGGAACUAGCGGCGUUAAUGAAAAUCGGCACUCGGGUUGUACGAGGAGCGGAUUGGAAAUGGGGCGAUCAGGAUGGUCCACCGCCUGGCGUGGGUAAAGUAGUCGGCGAACUCGGCGACGACGGAUGGGUAAGAGUCCAGUGGGAUAACGGCGCGACGAAUUCUUAUCGCAUGGGAAAGGAAGGCAAAUAUGAUUUGAAAUUAGCUGAUCCACCGACGCCUCCUGAUGACGAAACCGACGAAACCGAUAGUAACGCGUCGCUUGACGCGAAUAAAAUGGAAAGUACUGGCAGAGAAGAAUUACAUCCAACUACUUGCCUCAAAUCGGCAUCGACUACCUUGCUACGAAUAAUCUUGCUCUCUUGUGGUGUAGAAGCGGAUAAAGUACCCUCAACGUCUUUGAAAAUCCUUACUUCCACUCUGCACGGUAUAACGUCAACCGCAAACAUAUACGGUGAAGUAACUACAUCUGUUCAAUUGGCGAAACAGCAUCAUGAAACUUGGGCUACCUUCAGUCUUCUACGGGCAAUUGCAAAGUGUGGAAGUUUGUGCAAAUCCUUGAGUUCACUAUCUUGGCUCGAUCUACUUCUUAAUAUUAUUAUUAAUGUCAGUAGACCGUCCCUCGAGAAACAAAUUAUGAUUACGAAACUACUGGCAGCUGUUCUACCUUCAUGGGGGAUGGAAGCAGCAAUGAACGACAUGAUACAAUUCUUGGAAAAAAUCUUUCAGAUAUUAGGUGAAGUAGCUCUUUCAUGCGAUGUGGUUUCCAGUUCCGAACUUCAACCGAAUUUCAUUCCGAAAAAAUAUUUGUGGUCCUUGACCGCGUCUUAUAGUUCUACCGUGGCUGAGGAACUAAUAUGGUUAAUUAGAUUCUUGCACUCUCUUCCUGGAUGGAACGAAGCCAUAAACAGAUUCCUCUCUGCAAAAUUAGCACUGACGGUGGAUCUCUUCAAUGACGGCCCUCUAUAUCAUAUACAAAUAAACGAAAACAACGGCGCACAUAAUAUACGUAUACAACGUACCGUUAUGGCGACUCUGAUUGUCAUUGGCGGUCUGGAUAAUAGAAUAAGAAUCGGUGGUUUAGUGAAUUUUGAUGGCGAAGUCAGCACGGUGUGUAAAUUCUUAAAACAGUCGAAGAUUGUGAUACAACUGUGGAACGGCAACGGGACGCGUAAAGUAGUUCCAUUUCACACGGUGAAGCGGAUUAGUGAGAAAUUUCAAUUAGACAGAAUGCCUUUAACAGAUUCACUUAUAUCAAUCUGGGCUAACUUGCUCUUAGGCGUAACUGGUACUUUGGACAAACGACCUGGUGGCAUGCCUGUUAUUGCUGGUGCCGUCAAUGCUUCGAUAUUGCGAAAUCAACAACAACAACUUGCAGCUUUAAACGCUGGAAAGGCCUUGCUUGCCUAUCAGUCCAAAUUACGGAACGUUUUGAAGUAUUCAUUGACCAAUGGCGGCAAUGAUGAUGAUAAACAUACACUGUUACAGGAAUUACUGUUACGGGCCACGAAGCCACAACCAUUGAAACCGAUAUUUAAACGUAGAGAGUUGGAAGAAGCUGCUUUGGCUGUCUCUCAGUAUCUGGUUUCCGAAUUGAAACGUGUACCUGUUCCUAUCCAACGAACUGGGGUGACUUCGGAUCCCGCUACUCCAACAUCUGACAUCUCGUUAAUCUCUCUAACAUCAAGUCAGAAGAGACAUUGUAAGAGCACAAGAAGAAGUUCCGCUGUAGUGCCUGUAAAUCCUUUGAUAGCUCAGUUAGUCGAAAUGGGUUUCAACAGGAAGAGCGUUGAAUCUGCGAUCUUAAAUAUGAGUGUUACUGAUUCAGCCACUUUAUUAAGCGUAGAAAACGUUGUAGGUUGGUUGCUGGAAAAUCCGGACGCUGCUCUCAGUGACACAGAAACAAUAUCUAGCUUGGAAGAAUUAACUGACGGUAGUGACGAUUCUAUCAGCGAGGAUUUGGACGACUCUCCAUCAGGACAAGAAGGCACUUCUGCUGUGGGUGCUGCACCGCCGACCUAUAUGAAGCGCUCGGACUUUUUGUCGGUAGACGAAUAUGCGAUUUACGUACGUGAGAACGUGGCGCCAGGUAUGUUAGUACGAUGUUGUAAGAGUUACGAAGAGGUGGAAUACGGCGAUGUGGGUCAAGUAGUGAAGAUAGACGCAGAAAACUUGCAUGAUCUGAACGCGCAAGUUGCGUGGCAACGCAAAGGUAGCACGUACUGGGUGCGUUUUAUUCACAUAGAACUGCUUGGCUAUCCGCCAUCUUUGCCAGGUCCGCCACCUGCGUUGAAAGUCGGUGAUAAAGUUCGAGUUAAAGCAUCGGUCACAGAACCAAAGUACAAUUGGGGAUCUAUUAAUCACCAUUGCGUCGGAGUAAUCACUGCAAUAACUAAUAACGGCAAAAAUGUAACCGUAGACUUUCCACAACAGCACGGUUGGACCGGUUGCAUCUCGGAGAUGGAAAAGGUGCCAUCUUGUCAUCAUUCCGUGAUUUGCAACUCUUGUUGCUUGUCACCGAUCUCUGGACCUAGAUUCAAGUGCAAAUAUUGCGAGAAUUACAACUUAUGUGAAAAUUGUUUCUACACCAAGCGAUCACAUCGACAUGGUUUUAAUAGAAUUGCAGAACCCGGUUCGGCGGCCGUUUAUGCUGGAAAGCCAGGCAGAUACCACAGGCAAGAUGUAUCAGAAUCAUAUCUGAUUGAUGACUGGUCCAAAUGCAUCGCGAGUUUAAGCGUAUCUUCGCGAGAAGACUGGGCGUCCCGCUUAAUAGACGGAUCUGGAAAGUGUUGGCAGAGUUGCGGAUCGAAGGGUAAACAUUGGAUCCGCUUGGAAAUGCUACCUGGUAUGCUAGUACAUUCCUUAAAAAUGAUCGUCAAUCCACAGGACAGCUUUAUGCCUUCUGUAGUAGCAGUCAAUGUAGGAGACUCUUUCAGCAACUUAGUGGAAUACAAAACAAUAACUAUACGUUACUCAGAAACUAGCGUUACAUUGCUUCAGGAUAUGAAACAGUAUUAUCCGUGUAUUGAGAUAGCGAUAAAACAAUGUCGAAAUGGCGGUAUAGAUUGCAAAAUACACGGUUUACGUAUAGUCUGUCGUCAGAGCAAAUUUGAGAAUCAGCUCAUUUCAGUCUCUUUUCUUGCGUCCGAUUGGGAAGUUCUUCAAGAACAAAUGACAGUACAACGCAACACUGAUACACCUCCUCAGCAAUCGGCUGUCUAUGUUUGGGGUCUAAACGAUAAAGAUCAAUUAGGAGGUUUGAAAGGAUCGAAAAUCAAACUACCGGUGUAUAGCGAAAUUCUUUCAAAAUUAAAACCCAUCCACAUAGCCGGAGGAAGCAAGACUCUCUUCAUUGUCAGCCAAGAAGGCAAACUGUACGCUUGUGGAGAAGGAACUAAUGGAAGAUUAGGCCUAGGAGACGAUAAUAACGUAUGCGAGCCAAAACCUAUACCUUUUCUAAGUCAGUUCGUAAUUAAGAAAGUAGCAGUGCAUUCAGGUGGAAAACAUGCUCUGGCGCUUACUCAGGAUGGUAAGGUAUUUUCGUGGGGCGAGGGCGAAGACGGAAAAUUAGGACACGGUAAUUGCGUGUCGCUGGACAAACCAAAACUCAUCGAGACGUUGAAGUCAAAGAGAAUUCGAGAUAUUGCUUGCGGAUCCGGACACUCAGCGGCAAUCGCGAGCAACGGAGAACUAUACACUUGGGGCUUAGGCGAAUACGGCAGAUUGGGCCAUGGAGACACUGUCACACAAACAAAACCAAGACUAGUGCAGGCUUUGGUUGGACAGAGAGUGAUUCAAGUAGCUUGCGGUAGCAGGGACGCGCAAACUAUGGCAUUGACUACUGACGGCCUUGUAUAUUCCUGGGGCGACGGAGAUUUUGGCAAACUCGGUCGCGGUGGAAGUGAUGGCUGUUAUACACCUUUGUUAGUAGAUCGACUGAACGGCUUGGGCGUCGUGCAAGUGGAAUGUGGUGCACAGUUUUCUCUCGCUCUAACGAAAUAUGGCGAAGUAUGGACGUGGGGAAAGGGCGAUUACUUCCGUUUGGGUCACGGUAAUGAUCAUCAUGUUAGAAAACCAACCUUGGUCGAAGGUCUCCGCGGUAAAAAAAUCGUUCAUGUUGCUGUUGGCGCGUUACAUUGCCUCGCAGUGACGGACACAGGACAAGUAUACGCUUGGGGUGACAACGAUCACGGGCAACAGGGUAACGGCACGACGAGCGUUAACAGGAAACCGUCAUUAGUACACGAGCUAGAAGAUGCGAGAGUGAACAGAGUAUCUUGUGGUUCGAGUCACAGCAUUGCUUGGGUCUUGGUCGAUCAACCAAGUAGCGGAAAUCAAGAACCGGUUACGUUCCCAGCAGUGAGAGAUCCUCUAGGUCAAAUGUGUCUAGGCGUAAAUAAUACACCGGAUCAAAAUGGUAUUGUCGCUACAACGAGCAAUGCCGGUGCCACAAUGCCGUCGCUCGCGACAAUAAUACUUACGCUAGAGAGCAACGUCGCCAAACAACAAGCUUUACAACAUGUGAUAAAUGCUCUUCUCAUUAUGCAAGCAAGAGCAGCUAUAGUAACGGCUUUGCAGAGUCAUUCGACAUUGAACGGUACGUCAGCAAAGCACGCGCCAAUGAUAGCGCCACCGACGGACUUGAUCAUCCCACCAGUUGAGGCAGCCAUGACUUCGAGUACCGAACACGCGGUUUAUCAAAAUGUCGGUGACAUUGCGCAAGGUGGAGGCGAAGCUCCGGCGAACGUCGCCGAGGCUGUCAACGUCGUAACAACUAGUCCUAAGAUGACACCCGAGUCGGAAGAAUAUCCAUUAGCCAUGCUAGCUAUGUCUAUGUCCAGUUCCGCCAGUUUAUCUUCGCGCGCUUCGAGGAUGUCAACGAGCGCAAUGAGCGUUAUAGCGGCUACCUUAACAUCCAACGCACAGGUAGUAGGCGAAGACGGCGCUACAGCUUCUGGUCUGGAUGAGUUUACGUCAACAUUAACCGAGGACGACGCGAGAGUUCUAGUAGAUCUGCUAAAAUUAGCGGUAGCUAACAGAGUUUGCGCGACGGCUAAAGAAACUAUAUCGUCCGUACUGAUUGCUCUAGGUAAAGUCAACAGCGCUAUUGGCAGUAUGCUAUUGGAACUAUGCGUAACAGAAUUAGAAGAUACCGCAGCGAACAGCAACUGUGUCAACAAUACACCUCAACCUGUGGUGCAGGAGACGCCGCAUCCUUAUCUGGAUGACACUACGUUGACAGGUCAUGUAAAGAUUCCCGGCGCGGAAGCGCUACGAGUAGAAUUUGAUCGACAAUGUUCCACGGAGAAACGACACGAUCCACUCACAAUAAUGGACGGAAGCGGUAGAUUGGUAGCUGUCAGAUCCGGGAAAGAAUGGACCGAUUGGGGCCCGGAAAUCACGAUUCAAGGAGAUGAGUUAAGAUGGCGGUUCUGUUCAGACGGAUCCGUCACCGGUUGGGGCUGGAAAUUCACCGUUUAUCCGAUCCCGGCAAAAACAGGACCAUUCGAACUCGAGUCCGACAGAGCAGUGUUAUCGCAGCCGAACAUAGCUCUGGCCGAACAUCUGCUUAUGGACAACAGUUUAAUAAAUUCCGAUAAGAAUGUUGCCUCCCGUCUGGCUACCGCUCUCGGUCAAUGCAGCCAACUGAGCACUCUGUCCGCGCUACAACGAAUGUGGGCAUUGAAAAAAUUACAGGUGGUUUACACGAACGGACCGGGUAUAAAACCCGAGGUCGCACUUUCAUCUUUACUCAGUUCCUUACCUCAGGCGCUUUUAAGACAAUACGCGUACGAAGACCCUCUGGUUAGAGGUGGUAAACAACUGAUGCACAGCGACUUUUUCAAGGUUCUCGUAGCUCUUGCAUGCGACCUUGAAUUAGACGGGAUGCAAUUCUGCUCUGAGGUACACAAGUGGUCAUGGUUCCGAAGAUAUUGCCUUGCCGCGCGCGUGGCCAAGUCACUUGUUGACCGAAUCUCAUUGCCGAGAGCGUUUUGUCACGAAGUCACGAAACAACUAAAUGAAAUGGCAAUGGACGGGGAUGCCGAAUGUACGAAGGAUCACGAAAAUCACAAUAUAUUCAAGCAAGGACACGACGAACAAUUACUACAAUGGCUAAAUCGUAGACCGGAGGACUGGACGUUAUCAUGGGACGGAUCUGGCGCAAUUUAUGGAUGGGGUCAUAAUCAUAGAGGUCAAUUAGGAGGCUUAGAAGGUCCAAAAGUUAAGCUACCCGCACCAUGUGAAAGUUUGUCCGCUCUUAGACCUAUUCAGUUGGCUGGUGGUGAGCAAACUUUGUUUGCCGUAACUGCUGAUGGAAAAGUUUAUGCGACGGGUUACGGAGCUGCGGGGCGUCUUGGGAUCGGAGGAACGGAUUCUGUUAUGAUCCCGACACUGUUGGAGUCUAUACAACACGUGUUUAUAAAAAAAGUGGCUGUCAGCUCGGGAGGAAAACAUUGUCUUGCUUUGAGCUCGGAAGGUCAUGUGUAUUCCUGGGGCGAAGGCGACGACGGCAAACUGGGACAUAACAACAAGGUGUCAUAUGACCGGCCGAAAUUGAUUGAGGAUUUACUAGGUGUGGAAAUUGUAGAUAUCGCUUGCGGUGGUCAUCAUAGCGCUGCUAUUACAAGUGCCGGCUGGCUCUAUACCUGGGGAAAAGGACGAUACGGACGUCUCGGACACGGUGACAGUGACGAUCAGUUACGUCCAAAAGUAGUGGAAGCUUUACAAGAUUACAAGGUGAUCGACGUAGCAUGCGGAAGCGGAGAUGCGCAAACACUCUGUGUCACCGAUGACGAUAACGUGUGGAGUUGGGGUGAUGGAGAUUACGGAAAGUUAGGUAGAGGCGGCAGCGACGGAUGUAAGAUUCCAUUGAAAAUAGAUUCGUUGGCCGGACUUGGUGUAAUCAAGGUCGAAUGCGGUAGCCAAUUUUCAGUCGCUCUGACAAGAUCCGGAGCCGUCUAUACCUGGGGCAAAGGUGAUUAUCAUCGCUUAGGCCACGGUACAGACGAUCAUAUGCGUAGGCCACGCAAGAUAGCCGCAUUGCAAGGAAAAAAGAUCAUUUCAAUAGCAACAGGUUCGUUACACUGCGUCGCAUGUUCCGAUAAAGGAGAAGUAUUUACCUGGGGCGAUAACGACGAGGGACAACUCGGCGACGGCACCACGAGCGCGCUUCACAGACCGAGAUUAGUGCACGCGUUGCAAGGCAAAAAGAUUACGAGAGUCGCUUGCGGUAGUGCGCACACGUUAGCUUGGAGCACCGCAAAAGCUACGCAAAGCAGAAUGCCGGCAUCAACACCAAUGGAAUACGAUUUGCUCAAAGAUCUAUCGUAUUCAGUGCUACGCAACAGACUCGUAGUGCUGCAUCAUUUCGCAGAACUUCUCUGCCCAGCCUUAGCUAUGUUCCCGAUCACUGGACACAUUGGACUGAGCAAACUAGCUCCUAUGCUGGUGUACAGUAUAAAGGAAGCGACAUUCCGCAAAGUAAUUCAAGCCACAAUGGUCAGAGAUCGUCAGCAUGGACCUGUGAUCGAAUUGAACAGAAUACAAGUGAAAAGAGCCAGAGCAAAGGGCGGAUUAGCUGGACCGGAUGGUAUCAAAUCUGUUUUCGGCCAAAUGAUAUCGAAGAUGUCUCUUCUGACACAAGAUGUUCUGUUUCUUCCUCAUAGAGUAUGGAAAGUAAAAUUUGUCGGAGAAAGCGUCGACGAUUGCGGCGGUGGUUACAGUGAGAGUAUAGCGGAGAUGUGUGAUGAAUUGCAAAAUGGCUCUUUGCCGCUUUUUAUACCCACACCAAACGGACGAGAAGACAAUGGCACAAACCGAGACUGUUUUUUGCUGAACCCUAUAGCCGAUUCCCAGUUGCAUAUGAAUAUGUUCCAAUUCUUGGGAAUUUUGAUGGGCAUUGCUAUACGAACAGGUAGUCCACUCAGCUUAAAUUUAGCUGAGCCAGUUUGGAAACAACUGGCCGGUAUGUCUCUAACGCCAGCGGAUCUAACAGAAGUCGACAGAGAUUACGUUCCCGGUUUAUUGUGCAUCAGAGAUAUGGAUCCCGAUGAGAAAGUCUUUCAAACUUUAGAAAUGCCAUUUUCUACGCCAUCCGCCGCGGGACAUGAUGUGGCAUUAUCUAAUAGGUAUCUUAAGAUAACACCUGAGAAUAGGCAUGAAUACGUAAGACUGGCGUUAGAUUAUAGACUACACGAAUUUGAUGCUCAAGUAGCAGCUGUACGAGAAGGUUUAUCGAAAGUUGUUCCUGUGCCUCUACUGGCAUUAUUUAGUGGUGCUGAACUUGAAACGAUGGUUUGCGGCAGUCCAGAUAUACCGCUGAAUUUACUAAAGUCUGUUGCAACGUAUAAAGGUAUCGAAGCAACUGCACCACUUGUCCAGUGGUUCUGGGAAGUUAUGGAUGAAUUCUCCAAUCAAGAACGAUCGCUUUUCCUUCGUUUUGUUUGGGGCAGAACACGAUUACCGCGCACAAUUGCAGAUUUUAGAGGCAGAGACUUUGUUUUACAAGUAAUGGACAAGUACAAUCCACCGGACCAGUUUCUUCCUGAAAGUUACACUUGUUUUUUCCUUUUAAAAAUGCCGAGAUAUUCGUGUAAAACAGUUUUACGGCAAAAGUUGAAAUAUGCGAUUCAUUUUUGCAAAAGCAUCGACACCGAUGAAUACGCUCGAGUACAACCCGCAACUAAUUCAGACACCGAAGAUACAGAUAGUUUAGCGAGUGAAGAGCACACUUCGCUUUAAUUCAUUCGCUGAGUGAAAUGACUAUUUAUCUUUAAAGGCAUUUUUGUUGAUUUCUUUAUGAAUAUGUGUUCACAAAUUCCUUCCUUCCCCCCCCCAAAAAAAAAGACAUCAUAUUUUUCUUACACGAUAUUUAUCACACCGCAAAAUUAUACGUAAAUGUACCGCUUUUGUAGCACGACCAGUUUAUUGUAUAGUAGAUUCAUAUAAUACCAAAAAAAUAAAAUAAAACUGU